AAAGUCCCUUCGCUCUCUCUCUCUCUCUCCAUCGGGAGAGACAAGGAUAAAGAGUUGCCCUUUCUCGCGACAAAAUCAAAGUGCAAAAGCAAAAGAAACCGAAGCAGUUGGUUCUCUGGAAAAUCUGGAAGAAUUCGUCGUGGUUGAAGAGGAAGGAGCAGAAGAAAGCAAGAGGAGAGGAGGAGGGUAAGGGCAUUCUCGUAAUUUUACUUUCCGCCCCCUUAUUCCUCCUCCAUGUUCACAUCUACUCACUUGAUUACCAGCGGCGGCUGCAAUAGUUACCGUACUAUUUUCUCCGUCGGCGGCUCUCGUCGAUUCUCGUUCAUGAUCGGGGCAUCGGUGCGGUUGAACUUGAAGGCGGUCUUCACGGCCUUGGCUGCGGUGGCUCUGGUGGCUGUGAUUUUCGACGGUGCUGGUAGGUGAAAGGAUCUGAUGAAACUGUAAGAAGCGAGAAUAGAGCCACGACAAACCUGCGUCAGGCGUAGAUGAUAAUGUUAUUGAUUCCGAUUUUGUUCCACUGAAAAAGUGUAAAUAUAGAUGAAUCCCCUCAGACGAAGCCAACAUUCAUCUGCGUCAUCUUCGAAUUCCUCUCCUUCUUCUUCCUCGUCGUCGGCGUCUUCGUCGUGGAUCCAUCUGCGUUCGGUUCUAUUCGUUGUCACUUCUUCCUCGCCGGCUUCCUCUUGUUCCCCCUCUGAUCGGGGCCGGCAUAAAUCACCAUGGUCACGCAGGAAAAGAAAACGGGUGCUUUCACCUCAGCAGUGGAAAAGCUUGUUUACGCAAGAUGGGAGGCUACGCGAUGGUGGAAUUAAAUUCUUGAAAAGAAUUCGCAGUGGAGGUGUUGAUCCUAGUAUUCGGGCAGAAGUUUGGCCAUUUCUACUUGGAGUCUAUGGCUUGGACAGCACCAAAGAAGAAAGAGAUGCCAUAAGAACUCAAAAUAGAAAGCAAUAUGAGAAACUCCGCAGACGAUGCUGGCAGCUCUUAAAGCACCACAAUGGGCGCUUUAAGUUAAAUGAAAUUAAUGGAAUCAACUAUGGAAGAGAUAGUGGGAGUCUCAAUCAAGGCUCUGGUUCUCCUAGUUCUGAAGAUGUAACCAGUGCUAGGGAAUCUCUUUCUAGUGAGGAAAGGAGCCCAGAGGUCGAAUACUCAGAUGAUCCAUCCGGUGCAUUGUUGGAAGGAGAUGUUGUUUCUAAUGUUAUUAAUGCUGAUGCCUCUGCACUGGAUUCUGAUUACUCGGAUUCCGACUCAUCCGAAGAGCCUGAGGAGAUUCAAACUUUCCCCUCUAUGGAUGAUCAAGAAGAUAAUGAUCCCAAUACAGCAACCAAGGAAGGUUCUUCUCCUUUUCAGACACAAGUCUCAUCAAAACUGGUAACUAAUGAGGAUUUUUGCACGUGGCAACGGAUUAUUCGACUUGAUGCUAUACGUGCUAACACAGAAUGGAUUCAAUACUUCCCCUCUCAAGCUGCGGUAUCAGAAAAUCAGGCACGAUGUAUUGCUGAGGCUGUUGGCUUGAAAGAUUAUGGUCACCUGAAGCCUAGUGAAAUCUUCCAUGCUGCCCGACUAGUUGCUAUACUUGAAGCGUAUGCACUAUAUGACCCUGAAAUUGGCUACUGCCAGGGUAUGAGUGAUCUACUAUCUCCUAUUGUUAGUGUCAUACCGGAUGAUCAUGAGGCUUUCUGGUGUUUUGUUGGUUUCAUGAAGAAGGCACGGCAGAAUUUUAGGCUUGACGAGGUGGGCAUUAGGAGGCAGCUGAAUAUUGUUGCAAAAAUUAUCAAAUUUAAGGACUCUCACUUAUAUAGGCACCUGGAGAAACUACAAGCAGAGGAUUGCUUUUUUGUUUAUAGAAUGGUGGUGGUAUUGUUCAGAAGGGAACUGUCAUUUGAACAGACUCUCUGCCUUUGGGAAGUCAUGUGGGCAGAUCAGGCUGCGAUCAGGGCAGGUAUUGGGAAAUCUUCAUGGAGCAGAAUAAGGCAGCGUGCUCCACCAACAGAUGAUUUAUUGCUCUAUGCAAUAGCUGCUUCGGUAUUGCAAAGGAGGAAGUUGAUCAUCGAGAAGUAUAGCAGCAUGGACGAGAUCAUUAGGGAAUGUAAUGGCAUGGCCGGGCAUCUUGAUGUUUGGAAACUGCUAGAUGAUGCACAUAACUUGGUGGUCACCCUGCAUGAUAAAAUAGAGACAUCGUUUCGAUGACUGUAGCUGAUAAGUAAAAUUGUUUAUAUAUUCUCCCCUAAAGAUCUCGUCUGUUGGAGGCCUCCCAAUUAGUCUCCUCUGCGCCAAUGAGUAUGCGCUGCAGACUUCAUCAACGCGCUCCUACUUUCAAGGCUUGGCUUCUGUGAUGGUGGACGGUGGUGAUCAUAUGGGAUGGAAGUUCUUUGCCCCUUUGGCUCGCCUGUGUUUUUUGUUUUUUGCUCCCCUCCCCAAGAGAAAAGUUCAGUCACGUCUUGGAAUCCUCCUCUUAUUAGCUUCUACGAAAUCUAUUUAUUUUUAUUCAGAAACAUGUCUCCUCAUUCUCUGCCUCUCUGGAACACAAUAGCGAUGAGCGGGGGCUUAAGUUGUGACCCUAAUCCAAAGCCUGGCUCAUCAGCUGCUGGCUAGAUUGCAGAUUAGAUUAUCUGAAUACCUUAGAAGGUACUUAAUGUAGCAAGGGAGAUGUUGGUUAUUCAGGAUACUGAUGCCUGAUGAUGGCAAACGCAACGAAAUUAAUCGACUGAGAUUGUUGGCUUUGUUAA